AUGUCUUUGAAUCAACCAGGCAUCCCAUUGAAGAUAACGGUCAUCGGCGCUGGGAUGGCUGGCCUCUCAUCGGCAAUAGCACUUUCAGACAUAAAUCCCGACCACCAGAUUACAGUCUUAGAAUCAAAUACCUCCCUCAGCGAGCUCGGUGCCGGACUACAACUCUUCGCAAACAGUACCCGCGUUCUACACAAAUGGGGCCUAACACCAUCCAUGGAGAAAGUCGCCUUCCAAUCCUCGCAUCUGUCCAUUCGGCGCUGGGAGGAUAACGCCGAAUUGUCUUUCAACAUGAACAACCCUACAAGCACAUGGCUGUACGGGUGGCCCCAGUGGCAGGUCUACCGACCAGACCUGCAACAAGCGCUCUUCGAGCGCGUUAAGAAGCUGCCCAACGUUUCCGUUUUAUUCGGCAAGUCCGUUGCAUCCGUGGAUCACGAGACCGGUACUGUCCAUACAACAGACAGGGAGGUCUUCGAGGCAGAUCUCACAGUCGCAGCAGACGGGAUUUGGUCCCGAGCCAGACGGUGCUUGCCGGCGUCGAAGGAUGUGCUCCCCACCGCAUAUCGAGAACAUAACUACCGUGCUGUGAUUCCGCGGUCACGAAUGCUCUCUAAUCCCAUUACUGCACAAUUCAUGGCUUCCCCGGAGGCAAAAUCGUGGGUGGGCCCCAAUGUAUUUGUGCUGGGGUAUACAGUUGCCUCGAAGGAGUUGUAUAAUCUUGUUAUCGGUGUCCCACGGCCUAGCGAAGGAACGCCCGUCGGGUCUUGGAAUCAUCCUGCCAAUGUCGAGACGAUGCGCGGACUUGUAUCGGAGUGGUGUGAGGAGGUGCGAGCAUUAGCUUCUCAUGUUCAAGACGGAGAGUGUGUUUCAUGGACCUUGGGUGAAGUCGCUCCUAUUCCGAGUUAUGUUAGUACAUCCGGAAGAGUAGCGUUGGUUGGAGACGCGGCGCAUGCUCUUCUUCCUCAUGCUGCUCAAGGGGCGGGAAUGGCGAUAGAGGAUGCGGCGAGUCUAGCGGAGUUUGUGGGACAUUUGAGGUCCAAGGAAGAUCAGCCAAAGGUGAUGAGUGCUUGGAGUGGAUUUAGACAGGCUCGUGUGGAUCAUUUGCGCAGUAUCAGCCGUGGCAAUGCUAUUGAUAUGACUCUUCCGGAUGGCGAACGUCAGAUUGCACGAGAUGCGAAAUGGAAUUCUAUCCGCGAUACGCAGCGGGCGCAGCUGGCUGAGCUGGGCGCAGAGAAGAUUAGAGAGAAGAUAAUCCAGGAGAAGCCGAUGCCUGAUCCGGCUUGUAAAAGCACAUUUGAGCCUGGUGGUAGAAUGUGGAUCAACGGAUUUGAUGUGAGUGAGGAAAGUAGGAAAUUCUGUCGCGAACAUUUAUGA